AUGCAGGCCAUUCUACAUCUCCCACCACCACCAUCUGUAUCACCCCUUGCCCUUGCAACACCCACCACCACCAAGUCCCUUGCCUUGCCAUGCAGCUCCUCCAUUCCAAGGCUACUAAAAUCCCCAAGGUGCCCCCCACUCAAGGCAGCCAAUGUCACAGACGACCCUACUGCUGUUGAUUACAGCUCCGUCACUUCUGUUUUUCCAGCAGAGGCUUGCGACACAAUCGGAGGAGAAGCUUGUGAUGUCGAAAUGUAUCCUGAGGUGAAGCUCAAACCAGAAGACAGGAACAACACAGCCAAGACUACUUCUGAGCAGUUGGAUAGAGAUUAUCUAGAGUAUGACAGCCCCAAGACGGUCUUUCCUGGAGAGGCUUGUGAUGAUCUGGGAGGAGAAUUUUGUGAGCCUGAGUAUCAGAGAGGGGUUCACUAG